AUGACUUCCCUAAUCCCCAGACCUCCCUACUCAGAAGAUGAGCUCAAAGCACUAUACCCGGAAAAUCUAGAAUUGCAACUUGUACAGAUCCUGCUCCGUCACGGCGAGCGUUCUCCCGUAUCCGUCCGUUUUCAGAAUGCCGGCCUGCCCCCCUUCUGGCCCUACUGCAGCGCCGUCCGUCAGCUCAAGUCCGCCGUGUUAGACCGCCAUACCGGCCAAUUCUCCACUCUCGAGUGGAAACGUCGUCUUGAGACAUUCGGACCCAAUGACGAACCUGUACUUGCUCAGGGCCCCGCCGGGGAACUUGAUAGCGUGUGCGAGAUGGGCAUGCUGACCGACCGCGGCCGUGAGACCACCUUCGAUCUCGGUACUCGCCUACGCACUCUCUACGUCGACCAGUUGCGCUUCUUACCUCCGGUCCUGCUUAAUGCUGAUAACCUAUACUUGCGCGCAACACCUAUCCCCAGAGCGCUGGACUCGGUCCAGGAGACGUUUACGGGUUUGUACCCGGCUCAUACUCGGGCCCCCAAGUUCCCGGCCCCGGCUAUUCUAACACGAGCUCCGGGUGACGAGACCCUGUUCCCUAACGAUAGCAACUGUCGGCGUUUCGCAGCGCUGUCGCGGGCGUUUGCCCAACGCGCCGCCGACCGCUGGAACGAUACGGAGGAGAUGGCGUACUUGAACAAGCUGUACGGGAAAUGGAUGCCGGAAGACUCGCCGCGGGUCGCCGUGGACGGACGGCCGCGUCUAAGCGGUAUCAUGGACACAAUCAACUCAACACUAGCGCAUGGGCCAGAGACACGGCUACCCAAGGAAUUCUAUGACCCGAAGGGCCGCGAGAUCAUUGAGAAGAUCGGGGUCGAGGAGUGGUUCGCGGGCUACAAGGAAAGCCAAGAGUACCGGGCGUUGGGAAUUGGAAGUCUAUUAGGCGAUGUUGUGAGCCGUAUGGUGGGUAGCGCCGAGCGUUCGACUGCCGAUGGCGAGUACGAGGUGGCGCGGAAGCUCGAAAGCGGCCCCGUAAAGGAAGGUAAGAGUGCUACGCCCAUCCGGUUUGGGUUGAGCGGGUGUCACGACACCACGAUAGCCGCUAUAUUAGCAAGUUUAGGAUCAUUCGAGAGUAAUAAAUGGCCCCCUUAUACGAGCCAUAUCGCCAUCGAGAUGUUCCGCAAAGCAGAUCCUACUCGCCCUAAACCAACAAACCUAUAUCAACAAGGUACAGCGACGAUGCCGCCGACAGAAGCUAGCUCUACCCAAGCUAGCAAACCCGGCUGGUUCGGCUCGCUAUUCCCUUCGAGCGCGAAGCCUGGUAGUCCACCGCCAGGCAUAGGACGCAAGCCGAUCGAGGAGUUAUCGGCCAAGGAGAAGGCGAAGUUGGAAGAAUACUACGUGCGAAUACGGUAUAAUGACGAGGUCAUCACGGUGCCAGGUUGUAAGGCCCCAGGUAAUCACCUCGAGGGCGACGAGAGCUUUUGCACGCUGGCCGCGUUCAAAUCCAUCGUCGACAAGUUUGUCCCGCGCAAUUGGAAGCAGCAGUGCAGAACUAACAUCCGAGGCCCUGCGUUCCCGGAGAAGCCGGAGCCGGCCGGUUAUUAA